CCUGUGGAAACAUGCCCAAGUUUCAGCACACCACAGCAGCUAUAAACCACGCUUGGAAAACACAGGAGCAUUUCAGAACAGCUGGCUUCGGAACGAAGAACCUGCUGAAUGAGAGACGACCUGCUAUGCCAAAACUACUCUUCUCGAAGAUAAGGAUCUACGAGUUUAAGGAGCUCAUUCGAAACAAGAAGCAAGUCAAAACACUGGACGUUCUCCUGAGCAGAAGGAAGCAGAAAAACGAUAUCAGAUGUGUUUUAGUCCAGAAAAUUACUCUCACAUCUGAUGCUGAUUCUCACCUUCAAGAGGAUGACAUACUCAAGCCAAAGCUGGAGAAGCUGUUGGAGGACAAACGCUACCUCGCUGCCUUUCGUGCUUUUCUCCAGUCUGAGUUCAGCGAGGAGAACAUUGAAUUUUGGUUAGCAUGUAAGGAAUACAAGGAGUCCACGUCGUCCAGCAUGCGCUCCAAAAAAGCAGCAGAGAUCUACCACGUGUUUCUCGAUCCCAUGGCUCAGAAAGAGGUCAACAUUGACUAUCACACACGUGAGAAGAUCAAGAGAUCCAUAGUGAAUCCUGAUCCAUGCUGUUUUGAUGAGGCUGAGAGACUUGUGUUCAAGCUGAUGGAGAGAGACUCCUGUCCCAGGUUCCUGAAGUCUGUGGCCUACCAGAACGUCAAAAGGAAAGCCAUGGGUGUAGGGACCUUCCACCAAAAGAUUACUUCUUGAGUGAAAACGAAAAGCAACAGAACGUCAUAUCAGACCAUGACUCCAGGAAGUGUCUAGGAAGAGGAUUUAUGCACGUGGCUUAAGGGGAAUUACUGAGGAGAACAGAAAGUAUACAAUGUGUAGAGCUCCUAUAUGAAAUGUUUCAACAGUUAGUACAAUAGUAAGGCGAAUGAGUGGACAUGUUUUACAAGCUGUCAUGAAAGGAUCUGCAAUAAAAGAUGGUGGAAAAAAAA